AAAAUCACCUUUUUAGUUCUUCCUACUGCAAAAACCGUUGCUCUCUUCACGUUGAGCAGAAAACGAAGAUGGCAUCAGAGGGAGACAUUCCUCCUCCCACACUUGCAUAUAUGGAGCUUGCUAUACAGCAGGCAAAACUGGCGUUGGACAGCCUCGAAGUGCCUGUUGGCUGAUUGGUGGAUGAACUAUGGAUGGAGCGCUCCAAGCUUGAGGCCAAUCGCAAUGAAAAUAUUAUCAUGCACGGCAUCCUCAAGUGGUUGUGAACGUAACUGGAGUACUUUCGGAUUGAUACACACCAAACCUCGGAAUCGUCUGAGUUAUGAGAAGCUGGAGAAGCUAGUGUAUGUGCACUACAACAUGAAAUUGAAGAUGAAAUAUUUAGAAUUGGAGAAAUCAGGGGAUGAUAUUGAUGUCAACCCAAUUGACAUCACCCACAUACUCGACGAGGAAGAUCCAGUUAAGGGAUGGAUUGAGGAGAUUGAAAAUGUUUUAGUGUUGGACAAAUUGUCUGAAGAUCGACGAGAAACCACACCUGAUCCCAUUAUAGAUGACCUCAUUAGAGAUAUAAAUGAAGAUUUUAAAAAUAUUGUUGAUGAUGAAACCCAAGCACCAUCAACUAUGGAAGAGGAUGAUGAUGGCUCCAAUGAUGACGAUAUUAGGAGGACGAGAUCAGGUGCUACAUAUAGCGUAACUCAACCAGAUAGUGAUGAUGAUGAUCAAGACAAGGAUGGUGCUGAUGGUGCUGCUGCUGAUGAUGAUGAUGAUGAUGAUGAUGAUGAUGAUGAUUAUGGUAAUGAUGAUGAUGAUGGAUUUCAAGUGGAAGGGUUGGAGGUAGGGAGCAACAAAGGUUGUGGCCAGAAGGUGGUUGCUGGGAGGUUAAGGCACCAGGAGUUAUGGGAAAAAGUAAUGGGAUAA